AUGAGUAGCACCACCUAUAAAAAUACUAAAGUCCCCAUACUUUCACCGCUUCAAGUUUCAGCUAACGAUGCUAAAGAAUUGGAAUUUGGUACUUUGACUGAUAAUAGAUAUCUACUCAAAACAAAAUCAAGAAACGGUAAACCACUAAGACAACCCAUUUCUGAUGCUCCACACUAUUAUAUUUCUGUAAUAACCUAUUUAAACUACUUGAUUAUCAUCAUCUUGGGUCAUUUGCACGAUUUUUUUGAAACCAUCUUUUUUCCAGAGAAUUUCUACAAUGUUACUGAGCACAAUGGAUAUGCACCUUGGUUUACCAAAUUUGAAAGUUUUUUCCCUAGAAGAAUGAAAAAAAGAAUCGACGAUUGUUUUUCUCGCCCAACAAGCGGUGUUCCUGGCAGAUUUAUUAAUUGCAUAGACAGAAUAAGCCACAAUUUAAAUGAAUACUUCAGUUUCCCUGGCACUUCAACAUUAUGUUUAAAUCUAAGUAGUUAUAAUUACUUAGGCUUUGCACAGUCAAAGGGAAGGUGUACUGAGCAUGCAUUGGAAAGUGUUGCUGAAUGGGGCCCAGGGUGUUUGGGUCCAAGGAACACUUGCGGUACCACUUCGUUACAUUUAAAAACGGAAAAACUUAUUGCUGACUUUGUUGGUAAAGAAGAUGCAAUCAUUUGUAGCAUGGGGUAUGGUACAAACGCAAAUUUCUUCAACUCUAUUUUGAAUAAAAGAUGCUUGGUUAUAUCAGACGAAUUGAACCAUACUAGUAUAAGGACAGGUGUCAGGUUAAGUGGAGCAGCAGUUAGAGCUUUUAAACACAACGAUAUGGAGGAUUUAGAAAGACUAAUCAGGGAACAAAUUGUUCAAGGCCAGCCAAAAACACAUCGUGCUUGGCAAAAGAUUUUAAUUUGUGUUGAGGGGUUAUUUUCUAUGGAGGGAACCAUGUGCAAUUUACCUUGCUUGGUGGCAUUGAAAAAAAAGUACAAAUGCUAUUUAUUUAUUGACGAGGCUCAUUCAAUUGGUGCUAUUGGCCCUGUUGGGCGUGGCGUUUGCGAUUAUUUUGGUGUUGAUCCAAAUGACGUUGAUAUAUUAAUGGGCACUUUGACCAAAUCUUUUGGUGCCGCUGGUGGCUAUAUAGCUGGUGAUAAAACUUUAAUUGAUAUGCUACGUUUGAAUUUAAGUUUCAGCAACUAUGCAGAACCAUCUCCACCACCAGUUUUGGCCCAAAUUUACUCAUCAAUGAGCAUUAUUAAGGGUGAUCUUAAUCCAGGAGAGGGGGAGGAAAGGUUGGCUCGUAUUGCUUUUAAUUCUAGAUACUUAAGAUUGGGUCUACAAAGAUUAGGUUUUAUUGUUUAUGGCAUUGCUGAUUCUCCUGUUAUUCCAUUAUUAUUAUACGUACCAUCAAAGAUGCCUGAAUUCAGUAGGUUGAUGCUGCAAAGAAACAUUGCUGUUGUUGUUGUGGCAUACCCUGCUACUCCAUUGAUUGAAUCUCGUGUUAGAUUUUGUGUUAGUGCAUCUUUGACUAAGGAAGACAUUGAUUAUUUGUUAAGACAUAUUGAUGAAGUUGGUGAUAUGUUAUUUUUAAAGAGUAGCAGCGGUAAAAUGGGUGGAUCUUUGGAUGGCAAACCUCCUAGAUGGGAUAUAGAAGAGGUUAUUAGGAGAACCCCGGAAGAUUGUAAAGAUGACAAGUAUUUUUUAAUUUGA